GCCCUGGCCGCACUUCCCGUCGGGGAGAGAGUGUAAUAUGGCGAAGACCUACGAUUACCUGUUCAAGCUGCUGCUCAUCGGGGACUCGGGGGUGGGGAAGACCUGUGUCCUGUUCCGCUUCUCCGAGGACGCUUUCAACUCCACGUUCAUCUCCACCAUAGGAAUUGACUUUAAAAUUCGGACCAUAGAGCUUGAUGGCAAGAGGAUUAAGCUUCAGAUAUGGGACACAGCUGGUCAGGAGCGAUUUCGGACGAUCACAACAGCCUACUACAGAGGUGCCAUGGGCAUUAUGCUGGUCUAUGAUAUCACCAACGAGAAGUCCUUCGACAACAUUCGGAACUGGAUUCGGAACAUUGAGGAGCACGCCUCCGCUGAUGUGGAAAAGAUGAUACUCGGAAACAAGUGUGAUGUCAAUGACAAGAGACAAGUGUCCAAGGAGCGGGGAGAAAAGCUGGCACUCGACUAUGGGAUCAAAUUCAUGGAGACCAGUGCAAAAGCCAACAUCAACGUAGAGAAUGCAUUUUUCACCCUCGCCAGGGAUAUCAAGGCAAAAAUGGACAAAAAAUUGGAAGGCAACAACCCCCAGGGAAGCAACCAAGGAGUGAAGAUCACAGCUGACCAGCAGAAGAGGAGCAGUUUCUUCCGGUGUGUUCUUCUGUGAGAACCAUGCCUCACUGAGCCUAGCUCAGCCUCGCUGACUGUGCCUGUCCUGAGCGCACCUCCGGAGCUGGGGCUGCCCACCUCCACUGCCCCACCACCACCGUCGCCACCAGGCAUGGCCACCCGAAUGCAAUUGAGAAAUUGUUUAUUUUACUAACUGUCUGAUCUUUUUCAACUUCGGAGAUGGGACCAGCUAAGAAUUGGCUACUUUUUGUGGAGCAUCUGCCACCUGGGCCACAUGGCAUCACCAGAAAGAGAUGGAGUUGAGGCACAAUGACCUCCAUCCCUGAGCCUUGUGCAGUUAAAGCCCUGCCAGCAAGCCCUUGUUCUCUACCAUGGAAGCCAAGCCAGCUGUGAUUCCCAGCGCUGCCAGGCCCCAUGACCUGAGCAACACAACCACGCUUGCCAAAUCUGAUGCCCACUUUCACCUCGCAGUUUGGACCAGUGACAAAAACCAUUUCCCCCUCUUCUUUCUACCUGAUAAACCAAAGGGAAGCACAAAUUAAGGAAACCUGUAUAAAGCAUCUAGAAGUGUGGGCAGCUGUAGUGGUCACAAGCUGACCUGAGUCUACAGUCAAGCAGGUCCCAUCUGAGCACUAAGGGGACACUAAGUCCAUGGCAAGUUACCCCAUAACAUCACCCCUCAUGACCUCCUUGUUAUGGGGAACCCUUCUCUGGCACCAAGAUGGCCCCUACUCUUGUCCUCCCCCAUCUCCAAAUUGGACAUUCUUUCUAGCUGAGAUUUUUUUAUUUUUCCAGAUUUGAAAUGCCAUGAAGUGAUUCCAUCUGACUUCCAACAACAGACCCAGGGGACCGGGAACAAGCAGGGCUGUCCUCAUGGGCACCUGGUCCCACUGAGACACAAGCAUUCCAUGGUGACAGACUGUCUGCCCUGCCAUCUGGGUAGGGUUUUGCUGUCAUUGUCAUUUUCUGUUUUGCAGCUCUACUCUCCAGAGAGACUGAGAUUGGGACCAGCUAUCCCGGCGGGAGGGGUGUCACCUGGGAGCCCCUUCCUUUUUAGUCCCCCACACCCAGGCUGCUGUCAAUCCAAGCCCUUGGCAUCAAUUUCUCCUUUUUUGAAAUUAAAGCCAACAUACCAGCAA